AUGCAAGCCAGCGAGCGUAAACACUACCAUGAACGACCGACCAAGUUCCACCGCGCCCCAUGCCUUGACGACACGUAUCACUGCACUCUUCCGCCGUCAUGUUGGCCUGAAGCGCAGAGUUUCGCAUGUGUCGCCGACCUCGAAGCGCACCAGGACCGCAUGCAUCGAUGGAUGUGUCGCGUGCCAGUCCGCGACAAGCCGGGACGCAUUGGCGAGGGCGCGACAGUGCUCGUGCCGCAACAGUUCUAUCGACAUUAUACCGAGACGCAUGAUCCUAUUGCGAGGGAGAAGCUUGAGCGAGGAGAGAAGAUUUUCGAAUGCUUCCUCCCCCUGGACCAGUGCACAAAAGUCUGCCUAACGCCCAAGAAAAGGCGUCACCACCUAAUCGACAAGCACGGAUACCCCAACACAUACUACUUUGGUAUCACAUGUCACGGCCUGAACCGCAUCACGCGCGAGGACGGCCCGGCUGCGAGUCUCAUCCGGCCUUUCCGCGCCGCAGAGCACGGACACGGCGCAACGCCCGGCAAGCACCAUGCGCCGCCGCACCCGCCGAGCGAGGUGGAUAUGGAGGACCUCACGGCGCGCAUGGGGGCGUUGGAGAGCAGCCUCGCGUUUGUGCCGCGUAAUGUGAGGCGGGCUGCGGCGCGGCGCGAGACGCGGGGGGCGAUGGUGGGGUAG